AUGGCUGCACUGACCCGGAAGAAGAUCAACUUUGAGUGGACAAACAAGUGCGAACAGAGUUUUCAAGAGUUAAAAACUAGAUUAACAACUGCUCUAGUGCUCACUAUCCCAAAAGGCACAAAGGGUUAUGCCAUUUAUAGUGAUGCAUCAGAACAAGGACUCGAAGUUGUAUUGAUGCAACAUGGGAAGGAUGUUGACCUCUUUACCUUGUGGGCUGAGGAGACACUGAUUGAAGACUAUUUGGUUUUGACAUUCUUUUCCUUGCGUAUUACAAGUCAUUUUGUAUUUGCAAUGCCUGCUUUUUUUAUUGCUGUAUUUUCCGCCAAAGAGUUUAUGGACGUCCAACCAGGUAAUGUUGGUGAUGGGAAGCUGCCAGCAAUUGAGGUUUCCUCUGGGCCAGUAGAGUCUAAAAGUUCAAGCCUUGUAGAUGCAGUACUUUGUUAUGUUGUAAAUUCUGACAGUCAUAUCAAUAACAAACCCUUUGUGCUGCUUAAUGUACUCAACUUUUUAAAGGCAUUGUGGCAAAGGGCGGCUCAAUAUAUCAAUAUAUUGGUUAGGUUGAAAAUCUCUGAGAAGUUCAAGAAGCAAUUGUCAAAAUGCAUUUCACUAACUUCUCUGGAUUCUUUGCCUGAUAGCCUGACUGAGAUGGAAGCUCUAAAUCUGGCAUACAAAUAUCAGUGUCAAUCUUCCAUAAUGGAAAUAAUGGCAUAUGACACACACACACACUAUCCAAUCCAAGACUUAAUUGAAUUUACCAAUGAAAAUGAUACCCUGUGUAAGGUAUCUCAGUUGGAAUGUGUCCUUAUUUCAUUUUUGUCAUUCUGGUAA